GUUUUUGUUUCAAUUUAUUGCAGGAAAAACAGGGAGUGUAAAAGGACAAAUGUAUUUUUCACUUGGCUAAAGUAGAUGAAAAGCAAAACGCACACACACGUAAAAUGUAGUUUAUAAAAUGAAAGAUAAGUGAAAAAGAAAUUUUAUUAAUGAAAUAAUUUAAUUAAAAGUCAAUUGAAUUAAAAAAGAUUAAAAUGUUUGUUAAUUGGUUCAAUAACUUAAGUAAUCGUAGCCUAGUGAUUACCAUAUUGAUUUGCAUAUCCUUGAUAUACGUAUCGUACACAUUUAAUUCAUGUCUAAUAACCAGUCUUGGACGCACCUUAAAGAAUAAUCCAUUUAGAAAUCUUUUUGCCUCAUCUCCAUUGUUAACGCAAAAUGCAAGUGUAACAAAUGCGCCUUUAAAAAAUGACACAAAUUCAACAAAGACAAAUACCGGGUUGUAUGGAGUACCCUUUGAUUCUAUUUCGAAUAAAUCAUCGCCGCCCAUUCUGGAUGGUUCACCAAAGUAUCGACUUUUACGCCAACAAGGUUCUAGACCAUCGCGCCAUUUACCAGACACUUUAAUAAUAGGCGUUAAAAAGUCCGGGACUCGAGCUCUCCUGGAGUUUAUUCGGCUGCAUCCUGAUGUUCGAGCAGCUGGCUGUGAGGUGCAUUUCUUUGAUCGUCACUAUCAAAAGGGGUUGCAUUGGUAUCGCCAUCACAUGCCGUAUACGAUCGAAGGCCAAAUAACAAUGGAGAAAACGCCGAGCUAUUUUGUUACCAAAGAAGUGCCCUUAAGAGUCCAUCAUAUGAAUGCAAACACUAAACUUCUGGUUGUCGUUCGUGAUCCCGUUACCCGAGCCAUAUCCGACUAUACACAAGCUGCAAGUAAGAAAACUGAUAUGAAACGUUUUGAAGAACUGGCAUUUGUUAAUGGAAGUUACGCGGUAGUCGAUACGAACUGGGGGCCUGUGAAAAUUGGAGUCUAUGCCCGAUAUCUAGAGAAAUGGUUACAGUUCUUUCAGCUCUCGCAACUACUCUUCAUUAGCGGCGAACGAUUGAUUAUGGAUCCUGCCUACGAAAUAGGAAGAGUCCAAGACUUCUUGGGAUUGAAAAGAGUUGUGACCGAAAAACAUUUUUAUUUUAACGCCACUAAAGGAUUUCCGUGCUUAUUCAAAUCAGAAGCACGUUCAACACCACAUUGUUUGGGCAAAACUAAAGGCCGCAAUCAUCCUCACAUUGAAACAGUGGCAAUUGAAAGACUGCGUGAUUUUUAUAGACCGUUUAAUAAUAAAUUUUAUGAAAUGACUGGUAUAAAUUUUGCUUGGCCCUAGAAUUAAUUCGAAAGGAGCUCGCUGAAAAAAAUCAAAAAAGACUUACGGUUGUAACACCUUCGUUCUUAAUGGAGGAACGAGAAUUGGGAAUUAUAAAAUGUUCACAAACUCGUGUUGAAAUU